AUUAUGGUCGCCAAAAACCGCUCUGUGGCACACGCAGCGAAGAUGCGCGACGCCAGCGACGAACUGGAAAAGUUUAAAGUGCAGCAUGAUGAACUGGUGUCACGCCUGAGGAGCAUGCGGGAUGAGGCACUCACUCACCUAGAGUACAUGUUCCCGGAGCGCAAGAUUCUCAUCGUUGGCGACCUGAACAAGUUCCUGGCAUGA